AUGAAAGCGGGCUGUGGAACUAACAGUGUAAAGAGAUUAUUACUUUCUUCAUAUGUGACGCAAUCCUCGUGCUUAUCAGUGACGUCAUAAGUAUUGCUCAUUGGGUGAGAUCGAUUUUUAAAGACUGGAUUUGUGAUCUGUAUAUCGGUGUCAAGACUCGGAAGACAGCAAGGCGUCUGAAUAGCAUGGCGUUUCUGAACAUUAAGACGACAAGAAAGUGUGUUCUUAAAUACCUAAUUUUGGCUACAGUUGCUGCAGUACUUGCUUCAGUGUAUAAAAACAUGCUUACUUUACGAACCUACUACGACCACUAUAACCUGGAUGAUCGUUCUUAUUACGAAGAUGUUGACUUGAAGUACCCAGUUAAAGUACAGCCAAAUUUAAUUCGACUUAUAAAUCCGUCAAAUCCAAUGUACCCACUUACUAUUAACGCUCCAUAUCUUAUAGAGAAUCCAGAUCUGUGCAGAUCUGUUCAAAAUCUGACGGUGCUUGUUGUUUUUAAUACGGCGACAGAUCACUUUGAACGCAGGCAGGCAAUCCGAAAUACGUGGACAAACGAUUCGUACUACUCUGAUCUAGCCACAGUAAGGGUGCUAUUUCUGCUUGGUAGAACUACCAAUCGUAUUGUUCAAGCUGGCAUAGAGAUGGAGUUUAAAGAGCAUAAAGACAUCUUGCAAGGCGAUUUUAUAGACUCGUACUACAACCUUACGCAUAAAGGUGUAAUGGGCUUCAAAUGGAUCACGGAAAGGUGCCGUAAUGCAGAUAUGAUUCUUAAAAUGGACGAUGACAUUCUAGUCAACAUGUUUAUUUAUUUAUACAGACUAAGGCAUGUCAAAGCUGUGCAAACGACGAAUGUUUACUGUGAUUAUCAACCUGGUAUUAUUUCUCGAGAUAGUAAAUAUAAAUGGUAUGCCGGUGAAAAUCAUUUUAGAGGAGUAAAAAGUUACCUAAGUUUUUGUAAGGGUAAAUUUGUGAGUAUGACAAAUGACAUAAUGCCGUCGUUAUAUUUGUCUGCAUCCAAGACACCAUUUUUCCACCUUGACGAUGUUCUACUGUUUGGAUAUGUGAUGCACAAAGUACCUGGCCUCCAUUAUCAAACACUUGCAGAAGAAGACAUGCAAGACAACAGUUUAGAAGCUAAGCAAUGUUUGAAUAUUAAACGAGAAAAGUGUCCUUACUUUGUCAUUCAAGUGGGUAGUGUAGUUGACAUGGCAGAUAUAUGGUCUACAAUUUUGAAACAUUUCAAGUAAUUAGUAUUUCAAUAUUAGGAAUACCGGUAAUCGAUUCGUUUUUAAAUGUAUUAAGUCUGUUGACUAGUCAUCAAUGAAUAAUUUACAUUAAUUGUGAAUUUUUGAGAUUGUUUCAGGAAAGCUUGUGUGUUUUAUUUGUUGUUGUUUUCGACAGUAUACCAAUCUUUUUACCUUGCCGUAAUGAAAGAUAUACUGCCAUUGCCGGAGUCGGAUUCAGACAAAUGAUUGUUAACAAAUGUUGUCAAUUUCACACCUGUAUUGCUGCGCGUACCUUUACCUCAUCAUGAAUAGCAUAGGUUCCAAUGCUCUUUCUGACAUUUUGAUGAAAUUAUGCCCCUUUUGUACUUAGAUAUUAUUGUGUUAUCGAUUGUCUGCUGGGCGCAGUCAUCAAGUUUAGUUGACAUAAGUUGUGAAAUGUUUUAUUUUCUGCAUUCUGCAAUCGAUGUGAGUAAAAGAGUCUAAACUAACAUAUAUUUAAUAUAAAGAGCAAUUAGAGCAUGAUAAAAUAUAUGUUUUGCUCACCUGAGCACCAACUGCUUAAGGUGAGCUAUAAUGAUCACACCGUGUCUGUCGUGCAUCGUCGUCGUGUGGCGUCCCUCGUCAAAAAUUUAACUAUUAUAUAAACACCCUCAACUGUUAACUGAAACUUGAUCAGAACAUUACUUUCAAUAAAAUCUCAGAC